GAGCCUCCUUGUUACUUUGUCCAUUACCAAGAACAGAAAAGCAUAUAUUUUUCGCAUUCGUUCACUCUCUCCAACACCCAUAGAGCUUCAAACGGGCGGCGGGGGUGGCCCUUGUGAAUUGGAAUAUCCUGCAGCUCUUUCGGAAUGGUUUGCAGACUGUCAGACUCCGUGUUCCUUUUCAUGUGCCCCAUCAAAAGCUUCGUGGGAGUCGAGAAAUUUUGGCUAAUUGUUCUCCUUCUCCCGACAGGCAUAUGUUACCUGAAGGGAGACAGACUUCUCCAGAAGGGUAACAGGCAUAAGCAGUUUUUAUUUCCUAAGAGGACUAAAGUCCUACAAGCCGUUGCAAUUCCAGUUGUAACAGCUCCAACAGACAGUGCUGACUAUAGAAAAAAAUUAGCUGAAAGCUAUGGUUUUAAGCAAAUUGGAGAACCAAUUCCUGAAGAUGUUAAAUUAAAGGACGUUAUUGAUACCCUUCCAAAAAAGGUGUUUGAGAUUGAUGAUGUGAAAGCAUGGAGAUCAGUUUUAAUAUCUGUCACUUCCUAUGCCUUGGGGCUCCUCAUCAUUUCAAAGGCCCCCUGGUAUCUACUUCCUCUGGCUUGGGCGUGGACAGGGACUGCAAUAACUGGGUUCUUUGUUAUAGGCCACGAUUGUGCUCACAAGUCUUUUUCAAAGAACAAAUUAGUGGAGGAUAUUGUUGGUACUUUGGCCUUUAUGCCAUUGAUAUACCCAUACGAGCCAUGGAGGUUUAAACACGAUCAGCAUCAUGCGAAAACAAACAUGUUGUCUGAGGAUACAGCUUGGCAUCCUGUUUGGAAAGAGGAGUUUGAUUCAUCCCCUGUUUUGCGCAAGGCAAUUAUAUAUGGAUAUGGUCCUUUUAGAACAUGGAUGUCUAUAGCACACUGGUUGAUCUGGCACUUCAAUGUGAACAAGUUCAGACCAAGUGAAGUGAAAAGAGUGAAAAUAAGUUUGGCUUGUGUCUUUGCAUUUAUGGCAAUUGGGUGGCCAUUGAUUAUCUACAAGACUGGGAUCAUGGGAUGGAUUAAGUUCUGGUUGAUGCCAUGGUUGGGCUAUCACUUUUGGAUGAGUACUUUCACCAUGGUCCAUCAUUCAGCUCCUCACAUACCAUUCAAAUCUUCAAACGAGUGGAAUGCUGCUCAGGCCCAGCUAAAUGGAACAGUUCAUUGUGAUUAUCCUCGAUGGAUCGAGAUCCUGUGUCAUGAUAUCAGUGUCCACAUUCCCCACCAUAUUUCUCCAAGGAUACCAAGCUAUAAUUUGCGGGCAGCCCAUAAAUCUCUACAAGAAAAUUGGGGAAAGUAUCUGAAUGAAGCUAAUUGGAAUUGGCGUUUGAUGAAGACGAUAAUGACCCUAUGUCAUGUUUACGAUAAGGAGCAAAAUUAUGUUUCCUUUGAGCAACUUGCUCCUGAAGAAUCUCAGCCAAUUACAUUUCUCAAGAAAGUGAUGCCUGAUCAUGCUUGAUUUACCAUCUGCUUCUGGGGUCCGCGGCUUUUUGGUUCUUUCUUACCUAAUUUUUUCUUCCUUUCAAAGUCAAGUUAGUUGUGCUACUUCGAUUAUCAUUUUUGUUCCUGCUCAUGUUGUACAAUACAUUUGAAAGUUUCUUGUUGAUAUAGAGAAAUAAUUGAAGGUA